UCCAAGAUGCAUUCUAGAUAUGGAUGAAACUUUGUACUCUACUAUAGAACUGAGUUACAAUUUUUUGAAAAAUGAGGAAGCAAAAACACUGUUUCUUCUUUGUGCUCUAGUAACUGCAAGCAGCAGUAUAUCCAUAGGUGACUUAUUGAAAUAUAGUAUGGGUUGGAGUUUGUUUGGAGAAGGUUAUACAUUAGAAGAAGGAAGGAAUAGAUUGCAGAGGUUGAUUGGUCAUCUGAAAGCUUCUUGUUUAUUGUUGGAUGACGAUGACGAUGACGACAGAGUUCAAAUGCAUGACAUUAUUCAUGCUGUUGCUGUAUCGAUUGCCUCAACAGAUAAGUUCAUGUUUAAUAUUCAAAAUGUCACUGGCUUGAAGGAAGUAUUGGAGGAGAAAAAAGAUUCAACCGCUAUAUCUUUGCCGUCUGAAGAUAUUUAUGGUGAGCUUCCCGAAAAGUUGGAAUGUCCAAAACUCAAGUUCUUUUUGCUAGAUAUAACUAACAAAAAUCUACAAAUCCCAGAUACCAAAAAUCUACAAAUCCCAGAUACCUUUUUUGAAGGAAUGACAGAACUGAAAGUUUUAGAUUUGACAAGUCUCAAGUUCUUAUCAUUACCUUCAUCACUUUAUUGCCUUAAGAACAUUCGAACCUUGUGUUUCUAUUGUUGCCAUCUAGAAGAUGUAGCAAUAGUUGGAAAGCUAAAGACAUUAGAGAUCCUUACCUUUGAUGGAUCUGAUAUUGAACAAUUGCCCGAAGAAAUCAGACAAUUGACUCGAUUGAAGUUGUUAGAUUUGAGCAAUUGUUUAAACCUUAGAUACAUUGCGCCAAAUGUCAUCUCCUGCUUGUCUCAAUUAGAAGAACUAUAUAUGGGCAAUAACUUUGUUCAAUGGGAGGCUGAAGGAGUCGAUAAUCUAGGACGAAGAAAUGCUAGUCUUGGAGAGUUAAAGCGGUUGUCUAACCUAACAGCUUUACAUCUUCAUAUUCAGGAUGCUGGAGUUAUGCCACGAGACUUGUUCUUUAAGAAGUUGAAAAGUUAUAAGAUAUUUAUAGGAGAUAAAUGGAAGUGGUCCCAUAAAUAUGACCUUUCAACUUCAAGAAUGCUCAAACUCAAGAUCAACAAUAGUACUUGUUUGGGGCCUGGGAUUAAAGCUUUGUUGAAGAUGACUGAAGAUCUUUCUCUAGAGGAAAUGAAUGGUGUUAGAAAUGUUCUUUAUGAACUCGAUAUGGAUGGUUUUCCACAUUUGAAGCAUCUGGUUGUAAAAGAUUGUCUCGAGCUUUUAUAUAUCAUUAAAUCAGUUGCUUGGAAACUAGCCUUUUCCGAGUUGGAGUCCUUGAUCCUUCAUAAUUUGAUUAAUUUGGAGAAGAUAUGUCUUGGCCAACUCAAUGAAGGGUCUUUUAGCAAAUUAAGGAUACUGAAAAUAGAAAAAUGUGAUAGAUUGGAGUAUCUCUUUGCAUCCUCCUUGGCAAAAAACCUUACUCAGCUACAAGAAAUCGAAGUGACUGAUUGUAAGAACCUAAAAGAGAUUUUUGGUGAAAAAAGUAAAGACCAUGGUGAUGAAAUCGAAACAAAUGAUGAGAUUGACUUCAAUCAAUUGUGUUCUCUAACACUACAACGUCUACCACAAUUCAUAAAGAUUGGUUCUGACAUGAGGGUUGUCUUUCCAAGAUUGGAGAACUUGAAACUGUGCUCAAUUAAUAUUGAGAAUAUGUGGCUUGAUCAACCUCUCGCAAUGUUUUCUUAUAGUCAAUGCUUAAAAAGCUUAACCGUGGAGGAGUGUAAUGGCUUGAAAUUUUUGUUUACAUCCUCUAUGGUCAAAAGUCUUAAGCAACUUCAUAAGCUUGUGAUAGGCAAUUGUAAGUCAAUGGAAGUAAUAAUCGACUCAAAAGGGGAGGAAGGAGAAGAAAGGAUAAUUGAUAUGAGCUUUCCUAAACUAUUCUACCUAAAGCUUGAAAUUCUACCAGAACUUGUAAGCUUUGGCACUGGGAAUUCAAUUGAAUUCCUGUCUUUAAAUGAACUUCAUAUUGAUGGUUGCUCUAAUUUGAAGACAUUUUUCUGCAAAUCUUUUUAUCCAAGCACGGUGGGAGAAGAACCUGAAGAAGAACUAAACUUGGAGAACUACUUUAUUGAUAUAAACCCUCUUUUUGAUGAAAAGGUUGCUUUCCCAAACUUGGAGGUGAUGGUACUCUUACACUUGGAUAACUUGCAAUUGAUAUGGCACAACCAACAACUCCAUGCGGAAUCAUUUAGAAAACUAAAAGUAGUGAGAGUCGAAUUCUGUGAAAAGUUAAAGACUAUUGUUCCAUCUAAUUCUCACAGACUUCUCACAUUUCAAAAUCUGAAAGAGUUAAAAAUAAAAAAUUGUUGGAGUAUGAAAAGUCUCUUUCCAGUUACUAUAGCUACUGGUCUCGUGCAACUUAAUGACCUUCGAUUAGUCUCCUGUGGGUUGGAGAAAAUUGUUUCUGAGGAGGAAGUUAAGGGGGCCCCUAAUUUUUUGUUUCCACAAUUAACAGUCUUCCAUCUUGAUAAUUUACCAAAACUCAAAUGUUUCUACUCGGGGUUGCAUACAAGGGAGUGGCCAAUGCUAAAUAGUUUGCGUGUGUAUGGUUGCGAGAAGAUAAAAAUAUAUGCUUCAGAAUUCCCUAGCUUCCAAAGGAAAGAUGACGGGGAAAGCCAACCUGCCAUUUUUCUGUUAGAAAAGGUCAUACCGAAUUUGGAGGAGUUGGGUUUAGAUGCACAUGACUUCAAAUUGACAUUCCUCCACUGUUAUCUAGCUGAGAGCUUUGGCAAACUUAAAAAACUUUGGCUGAGUAACUUUGAUGGUGAAUCUGUUGCUUCUUUGUCUGGUUUCCUUCAAAGGUUAAAUUGUUUGGAAUCACUUUUUUUUGUUGAUAAUAGUUUCAAAGAGCUAUUCCCCUAUGAACAAGGGCAUAUAUGGAAACAAGAUUUACGAGGGGACACAUUUAUUCAAAAUCUUCAAACUCUACAAGUAGUUAGCUGCCAUCCUUUGACAAUUUUGAUGCCAACCGCAAUGUCUUUCAAAAAUCUUACAACUCUUGACACUUGGAGCUGCGAUGGACUAGUCAACAUACUUGCGUGCUCAGCAGCCAAAGCUCUUGUCAAUCUCACAACAAUGAGAAUAAGAGAUUGCAAGUUAGUGACAGAGGUAAUAGCAAACGAGGGAGACAGAGAAGAAGAGAUUGUUUUUGGCCAAUUGAAAGUUUUGGAGCUUUACCGUUUAUCAAGCCUCACAUUCUUCUGCUCAACCAAUUAUUCCUUUAAAUUCCUUUGUUUGGAGCAAGUUAUUGUGAGUCAAUGCCCAAAAUUAAAGAUCUUCUCUCAGGGAGUCUUAAGCACACCUUUGCUAAAGAGAGUACAAUUGAUGAGAAAAGAUGACCCAGAAUACUUUUGGAAGGAGGAUCUGAAUUCCACUAUCCAGCAAAUGUUUAUAGACAUGGUUGGCUUCCGUAACUUUGAACAUUUGACACUCUCUCAAUUCCCCAACAUGAAAGAAAAAAUAUGGAAUGGUCAAGGACUAAUUGACGUAUUCUGGAAUUUAAAGUCUUUAGUAGUGGAUAAGUUUUCGGAUAUUUCAAGUGCUAUUCCAUCCAAUGUGUUAUGCCGCUUCAAAAAUCUGGAAAUGCUGGAUGUAAGAAGUUGUGAAUCACUAGAACAAGUGUUUGAUUUGGAGGAAAAUCGUCAAGAAAUUUUGGGCUUACACCAUCUAUGCUGUUGAGUCUUGUUCAACUCCAAGAGAUAGAGGUGAAAAGCUGUGCUUUGAUAGAAGAAAUUGUCAAAAAGGAAGCGCAAAAGGGUGCAGUGAGUGAUAAAAUUAUAAUCCCUCAAUUAAACUCUGUU